AUGGAGGCUGAACGUGGCUUACCAUCGUACUAUAAUGUUAUGGGAGUCGAGAUCGAUGCUUCCAUUCAAGACAUCAAGCGUGCUUAUCGAAAGCUUGCAAUGCAAUGGCAUCUGGAUAAGUGGAUGAGCACUCCUUCUCUAUUGAGUGAAGCCAAGCGUAAAUUCCAACAGAUUCAAGAAGCUUAUUCCGUUUUAUCAGAUCAGAGGAAGAGAACUCAUUACGAUGCUGGAUUAUUUGAUCUCGAUGAUGAAGACGAUCAGGGCUUGUCUGAUUUUAUGGUUGAAAUGAUCUCCCUUAUGGCUCAAACAAGGGAAGAGGAGAAAGUUUGCAGCCUGGAGGAGCUGCAGAAAAUGUUGUGCGAUAUGGCACAAGAAUUUCACUCACCGUCGUGGUUCUGUGGACCGGUUCAAGCACGUGGGAGCUCCAAGAGGAGGAAAAGAAGGAAAGAACAUAAAUAA